AAAAGCAGUACCUCAGAGUGCUUUAUCAGGCCAGUGAAGAACAAGAUUUUCAUCUUUCUCAGAGUAGGGUCUCACCAGGGACAUGGCUUCAUCCAGGUGCCUAUUAGGAGAAGAUCAAAGGCUCUUCUCUACCACAGAAACUCUUCCUUUGAGUACAGUAGAAAGAAGAAAAAAGGAAGAAAAGAGAUGGAAUUGCCCCCCCAAAGGUUUUUUAUAUUCAAAUUUAGUUCAGAAGUCACACACUCUAAAGGCAGAAGGUUCUUAUGGAGAGAUUCCUGAUAACAUGAGCAAGGAAUCUAGCAAGCCAAGCUUUGAUCACCUGACUAUUAUUCUUGUGGGGAAAAGUGGAGCAGGGAAGAGUGCCACAGGAAACAGUAUCCUUGAGGAAAAUAUAUUUCUUUCCAAACUGUCAACACAACCUAUAACUAAAACAAUUCAGGAAAGUAGACGGACAUGGAAAAAUAGGACACUCAUCAUUGUGGAUACUCCUCCAAUCCUGAAGAAAGCAGAAUUGAUAAACAAGUGGAAAAAAGAACAGUGCAUUCUACUUAUGGUGAUUCAAUUAGGCCGGUAUACAGAAGAAGAUAAAAAAGCAUACAGAUAUGUGAAAAAGGUUUUUAAGGAUGGCCGUAAGAAAAUGGUUCUCAUUUUUACAAGAAAAGAAGAUUUAGAGGAUGGGAAUCUGAGUGAUUUUGUGCAAAAAACAAAAAACAAGCAUCUUAAGAAGCUCAUUAAAAAACACAAGAUUCCAUACUGUGCUUUCAGUAACAAAACUGCUGAAGAAAAAGUGAAGAAAAAUCAAUUGCAAGAUCUAAUGGAAAAAAUUAUGAAUUUUGAACAUGUCAAAUGUUAUCCCAAAACACAGUGAUAUCAACAAUUCCUGCCUUCUGCAUUUUCAGUCCUCUUCUCCUCCUAACUUACUGAUAACCCCUGGCAGCCCAAGGCUCCAGACUAUGUUCUCUCUCCAGGAAAUAGAGCCUUUGAGUGACAGAGAAUCAUUGAAAAUACCAAGAACAUCAAGACUUCCAGUUCAGGGUUUUCCUGCCACAUAGUUUAUUUAUGUGCCUCCCUGCUAAAUUUCUCUAAAUAUGAACUCAACCUCCUCUCCAAACAUUGCAUACAUUAGUGCAAGAGCAUGACUGAGACUCAUAUAUGGAUUCAGAUGUUUUGAUUAUCCCUGCUUUUGCCUUUGAUUGGGUAACUGGUGUUUGAUUAUUUCUGCUUCUUCUUUCUCAUGAAUAACUGCUAUGUUAUUCCUAGUUCUGUAAAUAUUUAUAUGUGCAAGAAUGUAUGGCAUUCUGGUUAUUGGUUUCAUUUAAAUUAGAUGAAGGAUAGGAAGAAUGAAGAAAGAAAACAAGCAUUUAUAAAGCCUUUAUUGUGUGCCAAGCACUCAUAAGCAAAAAAAAAAAAAAAAAAGAAAAAAAUUUAGGCCCUUCCCUCAAGGAGAUUACAUUUUAAUGCAGGCCAACACCUCAAAGGGAGAUGAAAAGGGAGGAGGAUAAGUACUCCACCAACCAUGAUUAGGUCUAGGGUAGGAAUGAAUGCUGGUCUGGGCCCUUUCCAAAAAAAUGGAAGCUCCAGGAGGAAUUCCUCAAUGGGACAAAUCAGGGCAGGGGUAUUCUGAGAUGAGAAGACUGCAGAGGUGGUUAAAUGUUUCAUAGCAAGGAAAUUUCAGGCAGUGAGAGAAAUUAUAGAACAGAACAGGAUAUUUUGGAAAUCUGAGAGCCAGGAAUAAGAUUGGAAGGAUUGAAAACCAGUUUGUAUCCAUCCACAAAAUGCAGGCUUCGGGAAAAAUUCAUCAAUAUGAGACAGGGAACAUACUCUUGCAGGGGGAGAUUUAAGGUUGAGAAGGUCAUAGACAUGAAUGGAUGUUUCAUGUAAAAAAGGUUCUAGGUGAUUAGGGUGACACAGUAUGAUUUGGAAGUUCCUAAAAGAGGGCCAAGAAGGGAUACUGGACAAGACUCAGUAGUUUCAAUGGGAAGUAGUAAGACUACAUCUUCCCCUCUAAUCAGCUUAGCUCUAGGAUCCAGAGAAAGUAUUUUGAAUUACAGCAGCAUUGUGUAACUGUUUCUAUAAAUUUUAGAACCAGCAAUAUGAAUGCAAGUUGAGUAAUCAAGCUAGCCAAGAGAAUGGUAUUUGGAGUAUCAAUAUACUGGAGGUAUACUGGAGAGCAGUACAUAGGAGUACAUGUCUUCUCCCACUAUCUCCUCAAUUCCAUUUAGUAUCUUGUUUCAAGUUCUGGCCCAUAAUAUCUCCUUGUGGGAUCAGAUCAAUUAUACUGAAUCAUGCUAAAUUAGAUAAUUAUUGUCUCUAUCAAUUCCACUUACUUAGCACCUUGUAAGAAUCCUAACAUCCAUGAAUUGGCAUUUGGUCAGAAAGAAGUCAAGCCUUGGGUAUAAAGCUUGGGUUCUACUUCUCCGAUAAUGAAUGAUGAUCAUACUUUUAAUUUGAACCUGAAAAUCAUAUCCUCUGGAGUAACAAUAUUUAAGUGAGUGUAUAAAUAUAAUUCUAGUUAGGCAUUCUCUCUCUCUGAGGAAAGCAUAAUGGCCAAGAUGCUGAACCCAACUUUCUGCUACCCCUCCUGGCAGUAAAUAAAGUCUUCCUUGGAGGACUAGAAGAGAUUAGGCUAGAUAUCUAUUCUCACUCCCUUAAAGACACACAAGGACAUCCCCAUUCUAUAGGUAAGGGGAUAGCUUGUACUAUAUAUAAUUUUCAAAUUAAAAAGUACAUGGGGACUUCCGGUUAAGAUGGCAGAGAGGAGGCACACAGCUGCAUAAGCUCCAUGCUUUCUCUCACUAUCCAUUUCAUUACAAGCCUCUGAACUAAUGCUUGACUGAAAAAAAAACCCACAAAUAGUUACCAAGAGAAGCCAUCCUUGAGAUUCGCCAAGAAAAGUCUGUCUUUACUGGAGGGCUGGGACGGUUUUAGAUCGGGCG